GGCGAGGACAGCGGGCUGCAGUUGCCAGUCGUAUGACAUCCAUAUAUGCAAAGUAUGCUCGAUGUGUAGUUCAAGUGGAUGGACACGAGGAUAAUAAGCAGUCUUUGUAGCACGGAGAUCUCAAGUCAGCACGGCUCAGCUGUGGAUUCAAUGACCUGCACGGUGCAACACAUGCACGGCUUUCGCCAAUCACCUGCUAGGGCGGUGGGCUGAUUGGGAUCAUGGAGUCGCUACCUAGCGAGCUGCUCGUCUGCAUCUUCUCAUGCUCCGUCCUAGGCCUCGCCGACCUGCAUAAUCUCCGGCUUGCCAUCUCGGCCCCUCGGCACCUUCAUUUGCGCAGCAGCAACAGCCGUGGAUGGCGGUCGGAUCAUGUACGGGCUCAAGCUGAAUCCGAACCAAACCGAGAUACAUAUGCAGACGGAGAAUGGAUCAUCGAAGCGAUUGAUCGAGCUGCGAGACUUCAUCCUCACACGUCCGUGCUCAAGAAUCGCCUACCGCGGCGCCUGACGCGCCAUGCCGAACCGGUCACCGACAUAUCAUCAUGGCGGCGCUCUCUUCGUUUCGAACACUCACCACUCUCCCCAGGCGGCAACAUCAAGUGCGGCCGGCCGUCCAAGAUGUGGGACAUUUUCAGCGCUACGUCCAUGCUGGAUGAUUCGGCGCUCGUAGAUAUUGCAGAUUUGUUUGCUAGCUUGGCCAUGCAAGCCUUCACCGACGGUGAGGACCAUGACCCUGAACAAGAGGGCGAUGACGAAAUGACAGGGGCGCUACAAGACGACCCGUGCAAUGCGAUUCAUUUCUCCCUCGCAAUGUGCCUUGCGACACUACGCGCACUCAGCCGCAGACCGUGGAAACGCAAGGUCAACGUUGCUCAUUCCGCGCAGGCACAGCCAGCUGCAUUCACGGACGCACCCUUGACUGAACUCGCGCCGAACACCGGUCAUUGGGGAUCAGCUGCAACAUCCGGCGCGGCGGGUACAAGCGAUGUUGAUGAGGGUGCCUUGUCAGAAGAGCAGAUCGACACGCAGCUCUCUCGCGAAUUUCACGUGCUGCGCAGAGCUCUGCGCCGCUGCGACCCUCUGCGCGCUCACGACCAUCUGCGACGGCAAAAGCAGGAACACAAUCCUCGCAGCUGCUACACCCCGUGUCCCUGCCUUGACCGGACGUGGCAGAGCUUCUACACAAUCGCAUGGCAAUUCCUUCUGUCGCGCUACCGCCGCCAUUUCCGGCCAGACGAUAUCGCGCAUGUCAGCUAUCGUACCGUCAUCUUCAGCGCCUUCUGUUUUCCGUCCAGCGGCAGUGGAGGAGACGCAAGAGGCCACAGCGCUAGCGGCCUUAUGAGCAGUACGCGCUUCGGCUUCGGCACCACACUUGAUUCCGCCUCGUCAGGCGCCAGCGGUGGCAACGUUGCGCGAAACUUCUAUGCUACGGCGCACCUCAAUCCGGACGCCAUGCUCUUUAACCUGCUCGAGUCGCCCACGUACGCACGCACUAAGGAGUGGUUUGGCAUCAGCGAGUACAUCCUCCCGCCAGGCCUGGCGCGACAGUGGGCCAGCUGGCUCGGGUACGACUGGGGCGAGGGUGGUCUCUUCUGGAAGGACAAGGAGCGGGGCAUGGCAGAAAGACGGCUGCGGAGCGAGAUCUCUGGCACCAGUGUGGGCGCAUCUGCUCCUUCCUGCGGUAGCGCCAGAUCAGACGGAGCUGACGUCAUACCUGGAUUCAAGCGUGCGUUGCGACCGAUCGAAGUUGUGCUCCUUACUCACGCACGGUGGCGCGCACGCAUGCUGCUCGCAGCGGUUGCCGCGUCUGAACAGCGGGCAUCAUCGACAUCAUCAUCAGGUAGGGAAGCAGGCGAUAAUAGGAGAGCACAAGCUGAACACGUUGGUGCGGCUACGGACAUCCAUCCGGAAAAGCUCGCUCAAUGCAGGGACAUGGAUAUUCAUUUUGUUCGCAGAAGCCUGCAGAUCCAGUCGUGGGCCAUUGGUGGGGUGACCGAGGUGCAUCCUUCCGCCUCUGCAUCAGCGCCUCCGUCCGGUCCAGUAGGGACAGCCGAGGAAGAGGAGCGUUCACCCCUCGCAGGAGCCGUGCAUCCCUCUUCGCCUUUCCUCACCAUCAGCAGCGACGAUGUGUCUCUUCUAACAAGAUGGCGUCGCUGGACCUGGCCGUGGCACUUGCCUUGGCCCCAGCACGGGCAGGCUGCGAGCUCGAGGCCGUCGAUUGACCCUUAUGAUCUAAGCCAAGCAUGGAUGGACAUCAUCGCACCGUUGCGACCCGCGAUCAGCGCCGAAAGAUCGCCUGCGCCGCCCCUCCCCACUCGCCGUGUCGUUGCUGCGUCUGCUGCUUCUGGCAGCGUUCAUGAAGCAGAAGCACACACGCUCGCUCGCAAAUGGCAGAACUACGCAUUGAACCUUCUGGGAGACCUGCACAGCGGCGCAGGUGUCGAGCAUCGCGUGUGCUCCGAAGUGGAGGACUUCAUUCCCUUCGUACCUGUGCGUGUCGACCCCGAAACACGCAUGUCUUCGGCGGGGACGAUGGCCUUGCGAAGCUCGCAUUCGCACUUGGCCAUGUAUCCCCAUUGGCAGGUCCCUCUCGCGCUCUGGGUCGCGGCAGUCGUGCUCCUCUUAGCGCUGAUGUUUCGCAGCGGCGUGUAGGUACAUAGCUCGAUCCUCUGAAUCGUCGA